AUGUCCGCAGUGAGUGCUUCCAAAGCUAAAAGAGAGGCCAAGCGUGCCGAAAAAGAGGCCGCCAAGGCAGCCGCCGGAAAAACCACAAGAAAGACAAAGAAGCAGGCUCAGAAAGAUGCCGAGGAGAAAGAUGUCGAUUAUGCCGCUGCUCAGAUUGCCAAGUUGAAGAUGCAGACUGACGAGCACGGCUUGUCAGACCGUGUCACCACGGGUGUGUUGGAUUCUUUGGAGACUUCGAGAGAUAUCAAGAUUUCAUCGCUUUCGCUUCUUUUUCACGGUAAGGUGCUUAUCCAGGACUCCACAUUGGAAUUGAACUAUGGUAGAAGAUACGGGUUGUUGGGUGAAAAUGGGUGUGGUAAGUCCACCUUGUUGAAGUCCCUCGCUGCCAGAGAGUACCCAGUGCCCGAGCACAUUGACAUUUACCUUUUGAACGAGCCUGCAGAGCCUUCUGAGUUCUCUGCUUUGACCUAUGUCGUUAGAGAGGCAGAAGCCGAGCUCAAGAGAUUGGAGGACCUUGUUGAGGAAAUCAUCGUUAAGGACGGUCCAGAGAAUCCUGCGCUCGAAGGGUUGUACGAGAAAAUCGACUCGAUGGACCCAUCGACUUUUGAGUCAAGAGCCGCCGUCAUCUUGACCGGUUUGGGAUUCAACCCUGUCACCAUCAACAAGAAGACCAAGGAUAUGUCUGGUGGAUGGAAGAUGCGUGUGGCGCUUGCGAAGGCGCUUUUCGUCAAGCCUACUCUUUUGCUUCUUGACGACCCAACGGCCCACUUGGACUUGGCUGCGUGUGUGUGGUUGGAAGAGUACUUGAAGAGAUGGGAGUCUACGUUGAUCUUGGUUUCUCACUCUCAGGAUUUCUUGAACGGUGUUUGUACCAACAUGAUCGAUAUGAGAUUGAAGGUUCUCACCCAGUACGGUGGUAACUACGACUCGUACGUCAAGACAAGACAGGAGUUGGAAACCAACCAGAUGAAGCAAUACCACAAGCAACAGGAGGAAAUCGCUCAUAUCAAGAAAUUCAUUGCCUCCGCCGGUACCUAUGCCAACUUGGUCAGACAGGCCAAGUCCAGACAGAAGAUUUUGGACAAGAUGGAGGCCGAUGGUUUGAUUCAGCCUGUUGUUCCCGACAAGGUCUUCUCCUUCCGUUUCCCAGAUGUCGAAAAGUUGCCACCUCCAGUGUUGGCUUUUGACAACAUGUCUUUCUCCUACACGGGUAAAGAAGAGGACAAUCUCUACGAAAACUUGGACAUUGGUAUCGAUAUGGACUCCCGUGUUGCCCUUGUGGGCCCCAACGGUGUUGGUAAGUCCACCUUGUUGAAAUUGUUUCAAGGUAAAUUGACCCCUCAGAAGGGUAGAGUCAUUCAGCACACACACAUCAAGUUGGGUGUCUACUCGCAGCACUCUCAGGACCAAUUGGACUUGACCAAGACCCCAUUGGAGUUUGUCAGAGACAGAUUUUCCCACAUUUCUCAGGACUUCCAGUACUGGAGACAGCAAUUGGGUCGUUACGGUUUGACCGGUGAGGGCCAGACUUCUCAAAUGGCCACCUUGUCUGAGGGUCAAAGAUCAAGAGUUGUGUUUGCUCUUUUAGCCAUUGAGGCCCCUAACUUAAUUUUGUUGGACGAGCCCACUAACGGUUUGGACUUGGCCACCAUUGAUUCUUUGGCUGAGGCCAUCAAUGCCUUCAACGGUGGUGUUGUCGUUGUGUCCCACGAUUUCAGAUUGUUGGACAAGGUCGCUAAGGACAUUUUCGUCAUUGAGAACAAGACCGCCACCAAAUGGGACGGCUCCAUCUUGGACUACAAGAAGAAGUUGGCCCAGGAAGUGGUGCUUUAA